GGCCGCCGGGCGCCUAUGGACGCGCGGAGCCCGCUGUCUCCUCGGGCCAGCGCGUUCAGCAUCGCCUCUCUGGUUGCAGCCGAGGCCGCUGAGCGCACCGCCCACCGGGGCCCCGGGUCCUCCGACAGCACGAAGCUUCACCGGUUGCCAGAAUCCCGGGUCGGGAUGCACUUCAGCACCGUCACCAGGGACAUGGAAGGAGGAUGUUCCCCACGUUCCAAGUGAAGCUGUUCGGCAUGGACCCCAUGGCGGACUACAUGCUGCUCAUGGACUUCGUGCCGGUGGAUGACAAGCGCUACCGGGCGGACCCUGCCACUCCGGGCCGAGUGCACUACCACCCCGACUCGCCUGCCAAGGGCGCCCAGUGGAUGAAACAAAUCGUGUCCUUCGACAAGCUCAAACUAACCAACAACCUGCUAGAUGACAACGGUCACAUUAUUCUCAACUCUAUGCACAAAUACCAGCCCCGCUUCCACGUGGUCUACGUGGAUCCUCGCAAAGAUAGCGAGAAAUAUGCCGAGGAGAACUUCAAAACCUUCGUGUUCGAGGAGACCCGCUUCACCGCCGUCACUGCCUACCAGAACCACCGGAUCACGCAGCUCAAGAUUGCCAGCAACCCUUUCGCCAAAGGCUUCCGGGAUUGCGACCCCGAGGACUGGCCCCGAAACCACCGGCCCGGCGCUCUGCCCCUCAUGAGCGCCUUCGCGCGCUCGCGGAACCCGGUGGCCUCCCCCACGCAGCCCAACGGCGCGGAGAAAGAUGAGAGCUUCUUGCGUGUGGCUGCUGGGCCGAAAGGAAGCCCCAGCCGCUGCCGCGCCAAGAAUCAGCUUCCAGAAACAACUGGAGUCUUACGGGACUAA